AUGGCUCCCGCCCUGCUUGUUUCAAUUGAUCUAGCAAACUACGCAAAGCCUUCACAGGGCCUUGAUGUGCAGGCAUUGUCCUUCGUUGGCAACGUCUUCGUCCAUGUCACCCCGGACACAAUCGACGAUGCUCUCCUCUACCUGCAGCAGUCUGUUGGCCGCUACUCGACCUAUCUCGGUGUUGCCUCCCUCGCCUCCUUGGACCAGGUCAUCUCGCUCAUUGACGCUGGUGCUGCAAAGGUCUUUGUGACCCGCAAGCAGCUCGACGAACUCAUUGGGCUGAAUAUCGAGCACGAUAGACUUGUGCUGGCAUUGCCUGGAAACAGUAAACAAGAAGUCAUAGAUUGCAUCGCAGACACAGACGUAGAUGUAUACUCUCACCAAGUCCAGGACAUCGAGCUCGUCGAGGCGUGGCUGAAGGAGUACGGGACGGACAGGCCUGACAUAUUUGUCUCGUUCGCGUCUCCAGAUACGGAUGGUGUCCUGCGCGUAUCUAAGCUAUCAGGAAUCCCGAUCCUCCCUGCUGAAUCUCUCACGGUCGACGCAAAGAAGGAGCCGGGUUUGAUGAGUGUUGCGAAGUUGAUCAUAGCAAACGCCAAAAGCGAUAGACCUGAUGGACUACUGUCCACCAUUGUGACGGACGAGCGGGGUGUAGCUCUUGGGCUAGUCUACAGUAGUGAAGAGAGUGUAGCGGAGAGUUUGAGGACCGGAAGGGGCGUAUACCAGAGCCGUAAAAGAGGUCUGUGGUAUAAGGGCGACAGCAGUGGAGACAUCCAAGAGCUUGUAUCAAUUUCUCUUGAUUGCGACAACGAUUGUCUGCGAUUCGUGGUGCGGCAAAAGGGCAGAGGCUUCUGUCAUCUAGGUACUCCAACCUGUUUUGGGCAGUACUCCGGCCUCUCACGUCUUCAGCAAACCCUUCAGAGUCGCAAAGCUUCCGCGCCAGAGGGAUCAUACACGGCGCGGCUCUUCAACGAUCCGGAGCUGCUUCGAGCUAAAAUUCUCGAAGAGGCUACAGAAUUGUGCGAUGCUAAGUCGAAACAGGAAAUUGCAUUUGAGGCCGCCGACCUUCUAUACUUUGCCUUAACAAAGUGCAUAUCUGAAGGCGUGUCGUUGGAGGAUGUCGAACGAAAUCUUGAUGCGAAGAGUAUCAAGGUAAAGAGGAGGAAGGGCGACGCCAAGCCCGCCUUCGUUGCACAACCAAGACCAGUUACCGGUGUAACGAAUGGAGCGGGCACGAAGGGACCUGUCAAAGAAGCAGCCCCAAUACCAAAGAGUACAGAGGAUCCCGCUGGUCUUGAAAAUAGCCGGAUCGCAAUGAAGAGAUAUAUCACUUCAAAGGAAACUCCCGAGACCGUACAAGCCGCGCUGAAGCGCCCUUCACAGCGGUCCAGUGAGAAAAUCAUUGCCAUAUGCAAUCCAAUCAUCGAAGCAAUCAAAACUCGAGGGGAUGCCGCGCUCCUGGAACUUACAAAAAAGUUUGAUAAGGCAGUUUCGCUGACGUCACCCGUCCUGAAGGCUCCUUUCCCAGAGUCAAUGAUGCAGCUCGCUCCCGAGACAAUUGACGCCAUCGACGUUUCCUUCGAGAACAUUCGCAAGUUUCACGCGGCCCAGCAGGACAAGCCGCUCGUCGUUGAAACCAUGCCCGGAGUGAUAUGUUCCCGCUUCUCUCGGCCUAUCGAGCGCGUUGGUCUCUAUGUACCGGGAGGUACAGCUGUUCUCCCUUCGACCGCGCUCAUGCUUGGAGUACCGGCCAUGGUUGCUGGCUGCAAAAAGAUUGUGAUUGCGUCGCCACCCCGCGCGGAUGGUUCAGUGACCCCGGAGAUCGUAUAUGCGGCUCAUAAAGUCGGCGCCGAGGCCAUUGUCCUUGCAGGAGGAGCGCAGGCCGUUGCAGCACUAGCUUACGGGACUGAGAGUGUCUCUAAAGUGGAUAAGAUUCUAGGACCAGGCAAUCAGUUCGUCACUGCGGCGAAGAUGAUUGUGUCUAACGAUACUAACGCCGGCGUGAGCAUCGAUAUGCCUGCUGGUCCAAGUGAAGUUUUAGUGGUUGCUGAUGCCUCCGCUAAUCCGGUAUUCGUGGCUUCCGAUCUACUCAGUCAAGCUGAGCAUGGAGUUGACUCCCAAGUGAUCCUCAUCGCAGUUGGGCUCAGCUCGGCUCAACUCACUGCUAUUGAGGACGAACUUCACGCUCAAGCGAACGCUCUUCCUCGAGUUGACAUUGUAAGGGGAGCUAUUGAACACUCCAUCACGCUUGUCGUCGACACUCUGGAGGAGGGUAUGCAAUUGAGUAAUGCAUAUGCACCGGAGCAUCUCAUUCUACAGCUACAAGACGCAGAAAGCGUAGUGGACAUGGUACAAAACGCUGGCAGCGUCUUCAUUGGGCAAUGGACACCAGAGAGUGUAGGCGACUACUCUGCUGGCGUCAAUCACUCACUACCCACUUUCGGAUAUGCAAAGCAGUAUUCCGGCGUCAACCUAGGCUCUUAUAUCAAGCACAUCACCAGUUCCAACCUCACGAAAGAGGGCCUACGCAACGUCGGCCCCGCAGUCAUGGAGCUUGCUCGGGUCGAAGAAUUAGAAGCUCAUCGCCGAGCUGUCAGUCUGAGGCUUGGUAUGCUUUAA